UCCGUUCAGCGUCCCCCGCCCCGCCCCCCCCCCGGCACGGCCGCGCGUUUGCUUCCGGGGUCGGAGGUGGCGGCGGGGCCGGAAGCGGCUCGCGCUGGGGGCUGCUUCCGGCGGGGCCUGGCCGCUGGGCGGCUGCAGGUGACGCUGGCCUCGCAGAUGCGGCCCCGGCUGAGGUAGGACCCGAGCUGCUUGGGCCGAGGAUGAGCAAGCCGCCGGAGCCGCAGCACGACCUGGAACGGAGCCUCCCCGCCAUCGCGUCCAUCAGCACCUCGCUGUCCCACAGCCAGGGCUUCUCCCCCUACUGCUACUUCUCCCCGGAGAAGAGGAAAGCCAUCUCGGACGUGAGGAGGACCUUCUGCCUCUUCGUCACCUUCGAUCUGCUCUUCAUCUCCUUGCUGUGGAUCAUCGAACUGAACACCAAGGAUGGCAUCGAGAAGAACCUGGAGGGUGAAAUCAUCGAGUACAAUUUUAAGACCUCUUUCUUCGACAUAUUUGUCUUGGCUUUCUUCCGAUUCUUUGUGCUGCUGCUGGCCUACGCGAUCGUGAGGCUGCGCCACUGGUGGGUCAUCGCGGUCACCACGCUGGUCUCCAGCGCCUUCCUGAUUGUGAAGGUCAUCCUCUCCGAGCUUCUGACCAAAGGGGCGUUCGGCUACUUGCUUCCUAUCGUCUCGUUCGUCAUUGCUUGGCUAGAGACCUGGUUCCUGGAUUUCAAAGUCCUGACUCAGGAAGCAGAAGAGGAACGCUGGUACCUGGCAGCCCAGGCUGCGGCCGCCCGCGGGCCCCUGCUCUACCCCGGAGCCCUUUCGGACGGGCAGUUCUACUCCCCACCGGAGUCCUUCGCAGGGUCGGACAACGAGUCGGACGAGGAAGGCCUGGGGAGGAAGGCGUUGACAGCGCAGGAGAAAGAAUACGUCCGGCAAGGCAAAGAGGCAAUGGAAGUCGUGGACCAAAUCCUGGCGCAGGAGGAGAACUGGAAGUUCGAGAAAAACAAUGACUUCGGCGACGUUGUUUACACUUUCGAAAUACCUUUCCAUGGCAAGACCUUUAUUUUAAAGGCUUUCCUGCAGUGCUCUGCUGAAACGGUUUACCAGGAGGUUAUUCUCCAGCCCGAGAAGAUGAUCCUGUGGAACAGAACAGUGGCAGCUUGCCAGAUCUUGCAGCGGGUCGAAGACAACACGAUCGUUUCGUACGACGUGGCCGCUGGGGCCGCAGGCGGUGUCGUUUCCCCCAGGGAUUUCGUCAACGUGCGUCGGAUCGAGAGAAGAAGAGACAGGUACAUUUCCUCAGGGAUGUCGACCACGCACAGCCUGAAGCCUCCGCUCUCCAAGUAUGUCAGGGGUGAGAACGGGCCCGGAGGUUUCAUCGUGCUGAAGUGCCCCAGCAACCCCAGGGUCUGCACUUUCAUCUGGAUUCUAAACACGGACCUGAAGGGUCGCCUGCCCCGGUACCUCAUCCACCAGAGCCUGGCGGCCACCAUGUUCGAGUUUGCCUUCCACCUCCGCCAGCGGGUCGGCGAGCUGUCCGGCAAGCCCUGAGCAGCACAACGUGCCCCCUGCGCCCGGGGGGGCUGCGGGCAGGGAGGGGGCUGCCCCCCACUAACCUCACCGGGUGAGGCU